AUGGCAAACUUAAUUCAUUGUUAGGAUAAAUAUGUUUGUUUUGAAGGACUUGUAGAAUUCUUAUUAAGCUUAUUCUAUUUAUUCUAUUUAAUAAUUUGCUUUAGAAUACUUAUCAAAGAUAAAAGUGGAGUUGUUAUUCAAAAUGAUAAAUACUUAUGUUUUGCUGCUUUGAUCUAAAUACUUUUGCAGACAAUAUAUUUUUUGUAUUUUUGUAAUUAAAUUCAACUUAUAAGCUGCAAGAUAAUGAUUUUUUAUUAACAACCAUAAGAUGUUUGGGAAUAGCAAUGUAAAUAAUGUUUUGCAAUAUUUUGGGCACUAUUGUUGCUGAUGAAAUAUAAACACCAAGAGUAUGGCAAUUGGCUAAAUUAUUGCUUGUAUGUACAUUUAUUUUAUGGUAUUGGUUUGGUAUUGCUCAUCAAAGUUCAAUAGAGUAAUCAUAAUAUGAUUUUAUUAGUUAUAAUUGCAUUUAAGCUGAUUAUUUAAUCCUUUCUAGUAUAGGUUUAUUUUUGGCUGGUGGAUCCUUUUUUUUAGGAAAUUUUGCACUGACAAGCAUGAUAGAUUUUAAAAAUUCUUUGGUUCUAUAUUAUUCUAAUAUUUAUAGGAGGUUUCAAGAUCAGGACAUAUUUAAAUAUAAUCCAAUAAUAAAAUAUAUGAAUAAGUAUUAAUGAGAAUUUAAUAAGUAACAUUAAUGCAUUGUAUAAUUAAGAAUUAUUAAUAGAUUGCGGAUUAAUUUAAUUUGGAGUUUAGUUUACUUUUGAUCUAUUUACUUAUGUAAGUUCUUAAAAUUCAAAUUAAUGUACUAACUAUUAUAAUGCUGCAUCUUUUCUUUCAGUUUUAUUUAUUUAAUAAAUUCUUAGAUUAUUUUAUUGACUAUUUUCAAAUUAGUUUCAUUUACAACAAUGCCAGCUACCAUUUUUUAUAUAUUUUAUGAAAUGAACAAAAAUAAAAUUUAAGAAAAUGAAAAUAAUAUAAUUGAAAUGAAUAUAACUUAAUGA